AGGGAGCUAAUAGGAGAGGAAGGGUACUAGCGCCACGGGAGGACCCCGGAACACUCGAUUUCAUGUGUGCUUGUAGAACGUAAGCGACUCAAGUACCCUCGAUGGAUGAGGAGAUGUUUGACGUGCAUCUACGGGGACAGAUACAAGCGCGCAAGCCUCGUUGCUUACCCUCCUUCCUCCCCUUCUGAGCCUAACUCGGUGCACGAAAUAACCUCGUACGGUGUCGCUGCAGUCUUCACCCCACCCUCAAAACGCGGGCGCGGCUACGCAGGGCACAUGAUGCGCCUUCUGCAUUGGGUUACUGCCUCGCGUGCUAAUCUUCCUAAAUUCCCAGAGGCAUGGGGCACACCACCGGAAGAGGUGGCAGAUGCUGGCGGAGGACUGUUCUCGGUGCUGUGGAGUGAUGUUGGGGAUGAAUUCUACCGUUCGGCGGGCCCUGGAGGUGAAGGAGGGGGAUGGGAGAAACGGGGAGCGGUUUCGACUGUAUGGGAGGUGGGCACGGAGGAGGGGGAUGAUGAGGGAUGGACGUGGCUGACACAGGAGCAGCUGAAGGUGCUUUGGGACCAUGAUGCUGGGGUAAUUCAAAGGGAGUUAGAGAACAUGCUGGUGAAAAACGGGUUGUACGGGGUGGAGCGCCCAGCGGCACUCGUGACGUGCUUGCCAACAAAUGGUGUCGCAGCGUUCCAAAUCCCACGGGCGACGUACGGCUCGAAUUUUUCUAUGGCAGGCGGAUUCUGGGGUGUACAAUCCUCGAGUGACCCAGACACAUAUGCAAGCUGGAGCGUUGAAAUGCAGCCUCCCCCACCAGCACUAAUCGUCACGCGGCUCUCUGCCAGUGAAGAGAUGUUUCCCGGGCUGAUCGCAAAGAUUAAGCAGGCAGCUAGACGAAGCGGAAUUCGGAAAGUGGAGGUGUGGAAUUUGCGAGUGGGAUUGAGGGACGUUGCGGAGAAGGCGGGUGGACGAACCUUCAUACGAAGCGAACAUUUGCCACAAAUUGUGUGGUAUGGACCUGGCACGACAGAGAACGUGGAAUGGGUAUAUAACGAAAAGUGAGUGCUCCUGCUACCAAAAAAAUGGCGCACGCGGGCUUAAAAGUUUCCAAUAGGUUUUGCUGGUGUUGAUGGCAUAUUGGGCAUCGACUCGUGCGGUGAUGCUCCUCAAGAGGAGAGAACUCUCGAGUCCUUGACAAUAUUUAUUGUAGCCAAACUUGAGCCAGACACAAAC